AUGCCGGUGUCCUGGCCGCCGGCUCCCGAAGCCGUGUACCGGCGCAUCACGCUCCCUUCGCCCUGUCUGUGCAGCCACGUCUGCCUGGCCCACCCCCGCUGCCAGGCCGCCGCCGCCCAGCCGCUCGACACGGGCGAGGUGGACUGCUCGCUGGCCCAGCUGCGACAACCGCAGCCAACACCCGCCGGCAACAACGACCUGAUCUUCUUCGAGCGCGCCGGUCCGGCCGACCCUGAGCUCUUCUGCUGGCCAAAGGAGGACGGCGGCUGCGGCCUGCCGCACGACUGCGCGACUCUCAGAGCCGCUGGGUUCGACACCAGCGGUGUCUACAAGAUCUCACCGGACGGGGCGGACGCCCACGUGCGGGUCUACUGUGAGAUGCACGGAGACGGCACAAGCUGGACGGUACUGCAGCGGCGCUGGAACAGCAGCGUGGUCAACUUCGAGCGUGGGUUCAAAGCGUACGAGGCGGGUUUCGGCGAGCCGAUGCAUUCGUACUGGCUCGGACUUCGCACCAUCGAGGCGCUCACCAUGCGACGCAGGCAAAUUCUGCGCGCGACCAUCUGGUCGGGCGGUGAGCACCAACACGCCGACUACGACGACUUCUCGGUUUCUGGUCCAGGCUACAGGAUGUCGAUCGGAAAAUACUCCGGGAACGCCGGCAACGGCCUGUCUAAACAGCAGCACGAGAUGUUCCAGACAUGCCACUUCGACAAAGCAUUUGGAUGCCACAACGGUGGCUGGUGGACCGCCGAGGACGAUGGGCAGACAAACCUGAACGGGAUACGGGAUGCCAAGGCUGGGGAAGUGCACAGUCACUGGGUCGUUGGUAACAAGGACAUCGUCCUGGAAGGCUCUGUGAUGAAGAUCAGACCCUUCGAAGGUCCUGUUUUUUUCUGA